AUGAGCUCGAACUAUCGACCUGGGCUAGAUCUUGUGCUGAAGUCACUAAACGCUACUAUAGGUCCCCAUGAAAAAGUUGGGAUUGUCGGAAGGACUGGAGCAGGUGUGUACGGGACUGAACAGAGAUUAACAAGUUCC